AAUAUGAUCCGGCUACAGGGAAUGUGACAAGGGAGAGCGAGCACCGAGGGAGCUGUAAAAAGAAUCAUCCGGCUGCAGAGAAGAAAAGGUCUGAGGGAGUGGGGGAAAACAAAUUGAUAAUCAGUGCAGUCAGGCUGGGUGACCGUGUCCCAGGCUGCUUCUACAGGCAAGUCCUGUUUGUGGCCGCCCAUGAUGGAGUUUGUUGUGUGAAUAACAGAGGGGAAUGGUUGGCUGGAUCAGAGUAAGGGGGAGUGUCCCACUGUCAGGGGAGGGCGGGGCUAUCCUCCAGGCUGAAGAAGGAUGGACAUUCCCUUAGAGAAGGCAGGCGGACUGGGCGCACAGUCCUGUGUAAGGGCAGGGGACGAGACACACAGACCCGGGAAAUUGGUUAAACUUGGCCGCUGGUUAUGAAUGAGAACUUGCCCGUGUGGGUGUCACCGGAGCCCUCCAUCGCUCGCUCCCUCCCCUCCUAUGCUCGGAUAAUCCCGCCGCACGGCUGCUCUCCUCCAGCACCGGGGACUUUGUGAAGGAAGCAGCAGCAGCAGCGACAUCCGCCUCCCGGAGCACCAUGGUCUGGCUCCCCCCAGGCCCGUUCCAGUUGUGCCGUUCCGCGGGGCUCAUUGUGCUCGCCUUGCUCUGGAUCAUUGGAUGUUGCGUGUGCGCAGGGGAGCAGCGUUUCAGCGCAGAGAUGUGGUUACAAAAAUAUGGCUACCUUACACCAACUGACCCCAGAAUGUCGGUACUGCGAUCUGCAGAAACCAUGCAAUCCGCUAUAGCUGCCAUGCAGCAAUUUUAUGGGAUCAAUGCUACUGGGAAGAUCGACAAAAAUACAAUUGAUGAAAUUACAUUGAGUUGGAUGAAAAGACCUCGGUGUGGAGUUCGUGAUCAAGCAGGACCUAUUUCCAGAUUUAAUGUCCGGAGAAAACGAUAUGCCUUAACGGGACAGAAGUGGCAUCACAAACAUAUCACCUACAGUAUAAAGAACGUUACUCCAAAAGUAGGAGAAUCAGAAACCCGUAAAGCCAUUCGACGUGCCUUUGAUGUCUGGCAGAAUGUAACUCCGCUGACAUUUGAAGAAAUUCCAUACUGUGAAUUAGAAAAUGGCAAACGGGACGUAGACAUCACUAUUAUUUUUGCAUCAGGUUUUCACGGAGACAGUUCUCCUUUUGAUGGAGAGGGGGGAUUUCUGGCACAUGCUUACUUUCCCGGACCUGGAAUUGGGGGAGACACGCAUUUUGACUCAGAUGAACCGUGGACUUUAGGAAAUCCUAAUCACGAUGGAAAUGACCUAUUUCUAGUUGCAGUCCAUGAACUGGGUCACGCAUUAGGUCUAGAACAUUCCAAUGACCCCACAGCGAUUAUGGCUCCCUUUUAUCAGUACAUGGAAACGGACAGCUUCAAACUACCUACUGAUGACUUACAAGGAAUUCAGAAAAUUUAUGGUCCACCAGAAAAGGCCCCAGCACCAACCAAACCUCUUCCUACUGUGCCACCACAUCGUUCUUUACCUCCAGUAGACCCUCGUAAGAAUGACAGACAACCUAAACCACCCCGGCCUCCUACUGGAGACAAGCCAUCUUACCCUGGAGCCAAACCCAACAUCUGCGAUGGGAAUUUUAAUACCCUUGCAAUCCUACGCCGAGAGAUGUUUGUUUUUAAGGAUCAGUGGUUCUGGCGUGUAAGAAACAACAAGGUUAUGGACGGCUACCCCAUGCAGAUAACCUAUUUCUGGAGGGGGCUGCCUCCUGGCAUUGAUGCAGUGUAUGAGAACGGCGAGGGAAACUUUGUCUUUUUUAAAGGUAAUAAAUACUGGGUUUUUAAAGAUACAACACUUCAACCUGGCUACCCUUAUGAUCUGAUGCAUUUAGGACAUGGCAUUCCACCUCAUGGCAUUGAUACGGCUGUUUGGUGGGAAGAUGUUGGGAAAACCUACUUCUUCAAAGGAGACCGGUAUUGGCGAUACAAUGAAGAAAUGAGAGCAAUGGAUCCUGGCUAUCCAAAGUUGAUCACAGUAUGGAGAGGCAUUCCAGAGUCACCACAAGGAGCCUUUGUUGACAAAGAAAAUGGCUAUACUUAUUUUUAUAAAGGCAAGGAAUAUUGGAAAUUCCAGAAUCUCAAUCUCCGGGUAGAGCCUGGUUACCCGAGAUCGAUCCUUAAGGAUUUCAUGGGAUGUGAUGGUUCCCCUGAUGGAGACAAAGAAAGAACCAGUCCCCAAGAUGAUGUAGACAUUGUCAUCAAGCUGGACAACACAGCCAGCACUGUGAAAGCCAUAGCCAUUGUCAUCCCAUGUAUACUGGCCUUGUGCCUUCUUGUAUUGGUUUACACUGUGUUUCAGUUCAAAAGAAAAGGAACACCCCGCCACAUACUUUACUGUAAACGGUCUAUGCAAGAGUGGGUGUGAUGUAGGGUUCCUUUCGUAGAAGUUACUUGAGGUUCAACAUGAGAGCUAUUACGCUGUUCCCUAGCUAGAAGCAGGCAUCUGUGAUCCAGGCUCAUGGUCGAUCUUAAAAACCACAAGCGGUUUGGUGUCCUGCACUUGAGUGAGGAUUCAAUCAUCCGGGAAGCUUCCAUGAAAUACGGUUUCUGCUGUUCCUCCAGUCCUUUGUAUUUCUUUGUCAUUCACUUUCAGGCCUUUCCUCUGCACAUUGAAUGCUCAGUUUACUCUCGGAAGUAAACGCGGAGAGGAGAACGAAUCAAACAGCGAUAAUAAAGUCCUCUUUGAAAAGAAAACUCCUGAAUCAGAUAAAUCAAGGAAAUAAAAACAACAAAUCAGCCAGUAUUCAUAUUCAGGAGAGUGUGAAGAACCUAAUCAGCUUUGUUUCCAAAGAGGAUUGAAUAUGUGUCUGCUGUGGAUAGAUGCCCACAUAGGAAUUUGUGGGAAAGCAAUUUCACACAGGACCUUUAGACUGUUUGGACUUUUCCAACAAACAAGGGGCCAAAAUAUCUGCAAUAUAGUAAACAGCCUUAAUGAUACAUCCAUUUGUGUUUUAUACAACUUUUUUGAGCUUUGUCCAAAUGUUUUAACACAUUUAUAGUCAUUAAUAUACUGACAAAAAUGAUUAUUUUUUUUUCUGUUUUGUUUUGUUUGCUUUCAUUGUGCAUCAUUUUACUUUAUCAUGCUGUAUGCAACUGCCUGGGGCCCUUAGUCGGUCUGUUCGGAACAUUCAUUUGAAAGCCUAGCAGGAAGCAGUAUGUUGUCUGAAGCGGAUUGCAAUGAGCUGCAAAAUGGCAGUCCCUUAAGAAGAAAAUUGCUAUAUGCAUUCCAUUUUUUUUGGUAACCCUUUGAGCACUAUUGUGCCAGUUUUCAGAUUGCAAAUGAAAUCUCUUCUCUGGCCGCUUAAAUAAACAACCAUUUACUUUAAACAAGUAAAUGGCGGCUGAAACGAAAGCAACUUGUUUGGACAAAACAAAACAAAAAUCUAACUGGGAAAUAAAAUGUUUCAUGCAAUUUUUGAUGCAAAAGGCAAUAUUUUGGAUGGCGAAAAGAUUUGAAUGGAAUGUUUCACAUGGCAGAAGGAUGUGCUGUAUGCUCGGUGACUGCACGAUUAAAUGAAAUGCCUUUCAUGCCUACAUCUCCAGUGGUCCGCCCAAAAAUAAGUCCCAUGGCUUAUUAUGCCUCCAUCUUGCAUGUCGACAUUAGUCCUCAAAGGGUGACAUAGAGCUCUGGCUUCUGCUAUUGCAUCUGAGGCAGCAACGUACAGUAGUCUAAGGAGCACCAAAGCAUUUUAUUGUCAAGUGUUUUAUGUAAUGAAUGUGCUGUUGACAUUUUUCACGUGACCUGCAAAGCUAGGUCUAUU